GAUCGAUCCACAUUCAAGCUGAAUCCACAUACUGAGCCGCGCAAAGUCUUCCUACCCUCUCUUGUACGUGCACACCUCCGGCUCCGUCUCUCCCCGAGAUGGUGGCCGCGCGUCUCGCCGUGGCUCCGAGUUCGCCCACGAAGCGCCUCCGCGCUUGCAUGCCGCCAUCGGCAGCGUCCAGCACGCUGCGCCUUAGCACCAGCGCCUCGCAGAAGCCCGCAACGACGACUACGGCGAUGAUGGCGGCCGUGCCAGCUUCUUCCGCGGUGCCACCUUCAGUUGUACCAGAUGUCGUCCGUUCCGACUUGCGGCACGCGGCAGAGGCUCUGUCGUGGCAAGAGCUGCACGGCGCCAACCACUGGCAAGGACUGCUGCAGCCGCUCCACCCGCUUCUCCGUGCCGAGGUCGUCCGGUAUGGGGAGCUCGUCGAAGCCUGCUACCGCGCGUUCGACCUCGACCCGAGCUCCAAGCGGUACCUGAACUGCAAGCACGGGAAGAAGCAGAUCCUGCAGGCGGUCGGCAUGGCCGACUCCGGCUACGUGGUGACCAAGUACAUCUACGCAGCCCCCGACGUCCCUGCACUGCCAUUCGGCGUGUGCCGGCCUUGCAGCAAGAGCCGGUGGAUCGGGUACGUGGCCGUCGCCUCAGAAAGUGUGGCCGGCCGCCGGCGUACUACUGACAUCCUCGUCUCCUUCCGGGGCACCGUGACGUGGUCGGAAUGGCUGGCGAAUUUCAUGAGCGCGCUCGCCCCGGCGCGGUUCGACCCCGCCGACCCGCGCCCGGACGUCAGGGUCGAGUCGGGGUUCCUCUCACUCUACACCUCCGACAACGACACGGGCAAAUUCACCACCGGCAGCUGCCGCAACCAGCUCCUCUCCGAGAUCUCUCGCCUCAUCGUCGAGCACAAGGACGAGGACGUCAGCAUAACCCUGGCCGGCCACAGCAUGGGGAGCUCCCUCGCACUCCUGCUUGGCUACGACCUGGCCGAGCUCGGCAUGAACCAGGGUGUCCCGAUCACCGUGUUCUCCUUCGGCGGGCCGCGGGUCGGCAACCAAGAGUUCAAGAACCGGUGCGGCGAGCUCGGCAUCAGGGUGCUGCGGGUGGCGAACUUGAACGACCCGGUGACCAAGAUGCCCGGCGUCGUCUUCAACGAGAGGGCUGCUAGGGUUCUGGACGGGCGGUUUGAGAUGCCCUGGAGCAAGGCGUGCUACGCGCACGUAGGCGUUGAGGUGGCACUCAACUUCUUCAAGACUGGCGAUCUGGCCUGCCUGCACGACCUGCGGGCGUACAUCGAUCAGCUUUUGAAGUGCCCUGAUCAGGAUGUCGCUACUGAUUCCACGGUGAGAAGGGUGAGAGAUAGGGUUGCGUCUAUGUUUGAGUCGUGGAGAUUGCAAAUGGCGGUGAUUCGCACCGGUGAGUUGCUGCGGGCGCUAGGGAUUUAACGUACGUGUCGACUGUCGACAUUGUGUAUGCAUUCAUCUGAUGAUGAUCACCGUAGGUGCAGCCGCUAUAUAUAUAUAGUACUAGGUGCUUUUUGCCGCUCUCCGGCAAUUGUUUUCUUUGGAGUGCAGCUGGCUUCUCUCAGGGCGAUCGAGCUCGAUUUCUCCUCCCCGUUAGCUCCUGUUAACUAGAGGAAGAAGAGAUAUAUGCUCUCCCCUGAACCCCACUUUCUUUGAGUUGUUAUCCCUUCGAAUAAAUCCCGAUUCAAUCAAGUCUUACUCCAGUUGUAGCCCAAGAUCUGCAGCAAGCUCGGUGUAGCUGCUGCUUGAUGGAAUCGUAGCUUUUUUUCAUUUAGGAAUCGUAGCUAUGGUGUCGACUCCGUCGGGAAGCGAGGAGGCCGCGUGUGCCUCAGAGCAGUUGCUGGCCACGAGGCCCACGACAUUGGGCCGGCCCAUGGGGCUGAAUUUUCUGAUCUUGUGCGUGUCGUUUCCUGCUAGCCAGGCUUGGAAUUCUCCUCCCGAAGACCACGCAUGUGCUGGUCAUGGCAGCGAGCCUGGUGAGGAGGUACGUUUCGUGCUCCAAGAUGAAUGUCCCAUGGAAUCCGUGUUGUUGUUUGUGCACUGAAGGGGGGUUCCUGGAUGGCAAUAUCGGGGAUGAUUCCUUCGCUGCACAUCACCCGAUUGAUGUCGUCUUUUGUUGGGAUUUGAAGUCUUAUCAGAGGGGGGGACGUUAAAGUUUUUUCUUGCAAGUGUUUAUGCUGCAUGACGGAAGCUAGGCAAGAUGGUGACCACUCAGAGCAUGAUGAGUCUCCUUCAUUCGGGUUGAUUCUCGACGUCCCCAAAUUCAAUGUAAGAGAUGAUUUCAAGUUGGGCUCAGUGAAGCUUCCUUCAUCUACAACUCAACUGCUAUCAAGCUCAAGUGCAGAAGCCUGCUUGAUUGCUAAGAGAGAGAGUCGUUGGCUGGCUAGCACUCUCGAGGUGCUUGAAGAUUCCAGCGGUGCUUGUGUGCCAAAUCUCUUAAUUGACCGGCCAUCAUCCCGUUGUGAUCUUCUCAUCAUCGGGUCGAUGUCUUUUUCAUGUCUCCUA